AUGUCUCGGCCUGUCAAUCUUCCAGUCCCCUGUCCGGUUCAGCUUGGUUCCUUCAGAAAUGACUCCUUGGAAGCUCAGCUGCAUGAAUAUGUGAAACAAGGGAACUAUGUGAAGGUGAAGAAGAUUCUUAAGAAAGGAAUUUAUGUUGACGCAGUUAACUCCCUGGGCCAGACAGCGCUUUUCAUUGCUUCCUUACUGGGUCUGACGAAAUUAGUUGAUGUUCUAGUGGAUUAUGGAUCAGACCCAAAUCACCGCUGCUUUGAUGGAAGCACCCCGGUCCAUGCAGCAGCAUUUUCAGGCAACCAGUGGAUCCUCAGCAAACUCCUGGAUGCGGGAGGUGACUUGAGACUGCACGAUGAGAAGGGCCGAAGCCCUCAGACCUGGGCCCUGACGGCGGGGAAGGAGCGCAGCUCCCCGAUGGUGGAGUUCAUGCAGCGCUGCGCCGCUCACAUGCAGGCCGUGCUCCAGGGCUUCUCCUGUGAGCUUCUGAGAAAGAUCGACUCCCCACAGCGGCUUGUCAGCAGUUUACCCCGGUUUGGGGGCCUCAUGCCGGGAAACCCUACUGGCUCUCCUAACAGACUGCUUAAAGCUGGAGUCAUUGCUGCCCAAAAUAUCUACAGCUUUGGUUUUGGGAAGUUUUACCUCACAGGUGGGAAGCACCUGGCCUAUCUAGGAUCUCUUCCUGUAAUUGGAGAAAAGGAAGUGAUCCAGGCUGAUGACGAACCCACCUUCUCGUUCUUCAGUGGCCCCUACAUGGUUAUGACCAACCUGGUGUGGAAUGGGAGCAGGGUCACAGUGAAGGAGCUGAAUGUCCCAGCCCACCCGCACUGCAGCAGGCUGCGACUGGCUGACCUGCUGAUUGCUGAGCAGGAGCACAGCAGUAAGCUGCGGCACCCCCACCUACUGCAGCUGAUGGCUGUGUGCCUGUCCCAGGACCUGGAGACCACCCGCCUUGUGUAUGAGCGCAUCACAGUAGGCACACUCUUCAGUGUCCUCCACGAACGGCGCUCCCAGUUCCCGGUGCUGCACAUGGAAGUGAUUGUCCACCUGCUGCUGCAGAUCUCCGAUGCCCUGAGAUACCUGCAUACCCGAAGCUGUGUCCACCGUUCCCUCAGCUCCUACGCUGUUCACAUCGUCUCCACUGGGGAAGCGCGGCUGACCAACCUGGAGUAUAUGGUGGAAAGCCAGGAUGGCAGUGUGCACAAGGACCUGACUCGAGUGCCCCUUCCCGCCCAGCUGUAUAACUGGGCCGCCCCAGAGGUAAUCUUACAGAAGCCUGCCACAGUGAAGUCGGACAUCUACAGCUUUUCAAUGAUCAUACAGGAGAUUUUAACAGAUGACAUACCCUGGAAUGGCUUAGAUGGCUCCGUUAUUAAAGAAGCCAUAGUCUUAGGAAAUUGUUUAGAAGCUGAUGUUAGGCUUCCGAAACCUUACUAUGAUAUUGUUAAGUCAGGCAUCCAGGUCAAGCAGAAAGACCGAACUAUGAACCUUCAAGAUAUCCGGUAUAUUCUGAAGAAUGACUUAAAGGAGUUUAUUGGAGUCCAGAGAACUCAGCCAUCUGAGAGCCCCAGAGUUCAGAGAUACGAACCGCAUCCUGAUAUUGGUGUCUACCUAGGAUUGACUUCAGAGCACCCUAAAGAGCCCCCUGACUUGGAAAUCAAAGAGCUGAAGGAAAGCGGGAGGCAACUUCAUUCACCAUGGGCUCACUCUUCUCCCACCGAGAAAGCAGUACUAACUGUUCAGGCCCCAGACCCAAAUCUGCUGGCCAAGGACACCCAGAAGCGAGGUACUGCCUCUCCUGCAUCAUCUGGGGCAGAAGAGACCAGGAGCCCUAGUGCAGAUCAUGCAAGUCUUGACAGCUUCGAAAUUAAUGAAAUCUACUCAGGCUGCUUGGAUGUGGGAGGUGACAAAGAGGAGGAGCCCCCAGGAUCUGUUUCAUCUCUCGAGGUGGGUAGUUCAACCCAGGUAGAAGAACUGAAGUCCAUGGAAGAGGAGUUGGACAGAAUGGAGAGAGAGGCAUGCUAUCUUUGCAGUGAGGAAGAUAGCUCUUUGGAAGCAGAGACAGAGCUCUCCUUCGAGGACUGGGACUGGGAGAAUGGUUCGCUGAGUUCACCCAACGUACGUGUGCCUACCAGAGAAGCCAAGGGCAAUGUGAGCAACAGGUCCAUGACUGAGGAGUACAUCAGCAAGUGUGUGCUGAACCUAAAGAUUGCACAGACGUUAAUGCACCAGAACGCCGAUUUGUUGAGGAACACUCAGCAGAAAAUCGAAAAGCUUGAGGUGAUCCAGAGGGAGCAGGAGGAGCGCAGGUCUUUGUGGGCCACUUCACGAGGGUUUGCAAAUGCCUAUGAUACACCAUCAGCCCUGGGUCCCCCAGCUUCAGGCUACAUCCCUCCUGCCAUGCCACAGUCAGGGGACCAGCAGCUGGACACCAGUGGCAAAUCCUGCACCCUAGCAAGGUCUUCAAGAGCACUGCCAACUCUUCGUGACCCUGGAAAACAGGACAUAGGGGAACAGUUUCAGUCCAGUCAAGGAGCCAAGGACAGUUUGGACAUAAACAGGAGCCCAGGUAUCAAUAGGAUCAAUGUGGAAUCUGUGCCUUCUGAAGUCUAUAAUCUAAAAUCAAGACAUCAUGAAGAUGAAGAGGUACAUUUAAGAUGGAAAACUGAGGUGAAAGAAAUGGCAGAGAGAGCAGCUGCUGGACAGCUCACUGUACCACCUUGGCAUCCUCAGAGAAGUUUGGCUUCAGAGAAAGAGGCUGACAAUGAGUCCGAUCCCCUGCCGCAGCCCUCUGUUAGGGACCUUGAGCACGUGGAUUGGCAGCAAGCAGUAGAGUGUCCUAGGGAAAAUGACAAGCUCAGAGGGAAUGACAAACGUGAUCAGACGGACAACAGUGACCAGCCUGGUGGGCAGCUUGGUCCUCGGAGCUUCACCAGUGCCAGGCAUCUGCCCCUCAGGAAGAGUGAGCAGCCAGAACAUAGUGAAGCCUUGCAAACAAGUUCUGAUGCAUCCGUGGCCGUUGAGAAAUCUUACAGCGAGCCGUCUGUGCAAUCAACUUGUUCGCCAGAGUCGUCUGAGGACAUAACAGAUGAAUUUUUAACUCCAGACUAUGAAUAUUUUUAUUCCUCGAUGGCUCAGGAAAACUUAGCUCUAGAGACCUCAAGUCCCAUAGAAGAGGCUUCCGGAGGAAUACAAGGUGCACUCGCCCAACUUCAAGGCUCCGGUGAGGAAAGAUUCCAGAUGACAGGAAGAAUCCAUGGAAAGAACGAUGAGAUUUUGUCGAAAUCUCAGUUCCAACCUAUAGAACGUGCUGAAGGUGAACAAGAAGAGACUUUAAAGGAGCCACCAACGGAACAGAAAGAAAAAGACAUAUCACUGGUGGAUAUUCAAGACCUGUCUAGUAUCUCCUAUGAACGAGAUGACUCUUUUAAGGGAACUUCAUGUAAAACACCCAAAAUAAGUCAUGCACCUACUAGCGUCAGCACUCCUCUCAGCCCAGGGUCAAUUUCUUCAUCUGCCAGUCUGUAUAAAGACUGUCUUGGAAGUAUCACAUUUCAGACUGAAACAGGGUCUUCCUCAUGCUGGAACAACCAAGAGUCUAUGCACACCUUAUCUGAUAAAUUUACCACUGUCCGGGAGAAGGCGAGGAGCCUGGAUUCUCUCAUAGCUUCCUCAGAAAUGCCCCCUUCAAGAUCGACUGGCCACCUCACAAGAUGGUCUGCGUUUGGUAGCCCCAGUUCUCCCAGCAGAACUAAGGCGUCUGGCGCGUCACUCUCCACCACCCAGAGAAGGAGCCUGCCCAAAGAACUGGUAGAAGCCAUCUCACAACAUCACAUUGAUGAGCUACCACCACCCUCUCAAGAACUACUUGAUGAAAUUGAGCACUUGAAGCAGCAGCAGGCCUCAGUCACAGUGUUGGAGGAGAAUACAGCGAGGAACCCAGGCAGUUCUUCCGAUGAUCAAAGGCAUUUAGAAGAGCAAGAAACUGACAGUAAAAAAGAAGAUGGCAGUAUACUUUGGAGCAAAGAAAUUGAGGAACUAGAAGACACGGAAAGAGCUCACUCUACUCUGGACGAGGACUUGGAAAAAUGGCUGCAGCCACCAGAGGAGAGCAAGGGACUCCAGGACCACCCAGAGGGCUCUGCAAGGGAGACUAAUACUAAGGAUCAAGCAGUUGAUGAAAAGAAGAGACAAGGCGAAGAAAGCAUCAAUCCAGAGAGAAGGAAAUCAGAGAGCUUUUUAGGGACCUCUGAAGAAGAUGAACUAAAACCCUGUUUUUGGAAGCGACUGGGUUGGUCUGAGCCAUCCAGGAUAAUUGUGCUGGAUCAGAGCGACUUGUCAGACUGA